AUGGGCAGCUACUUAUCUUUAGAAAUGUUCAAUUCUCCUUAUGCUAGAGCUGCAAUACUUGACAUGGGUAUUCAAUGGAUACUGUGUGCUAUAUCUACCAUACUGAAGACAGAGAAGUUCUAUGAUCUAGCAGGCAGUUCUACGUUUAUUUACUUAACUUGGCAAGUGUUGUCUUGGUCUCGUCAAUUUAAUACUCGCCAAGUUAUUCAGUCAUCAUGUAUCACUGCAUGGGCAGUUCGUCUUGGCCUCUUUCUAUUCACAAGAGUUCUUCGUGAAGGAGGAGAUAGCAGGUUUAAUAAAGUAAGAGAUAAGCCCUCAAUGAUGCUUUUAUUUUGGACUAUUCAAGGCGUAUGGGUUUACAUGACUACCCUCCCUACCCUCAUGUUAAAUACCUCGAAAAGGAACCCUCCAUUAGCCUGGAAAGACUAUCUAGGCUGGUCUAUGUGGACUGUAGGAUUUUGUAUUCAACUGAUUGCUGACUACCAGAAGACCAUAUUUAGAAGUAAUCCAGCAAAUCAUAAGAAAUUCAUCACAACUGGGUUAUGGAGCAUCGUUCGUUAUCCUAACUAUCUUGGUGAAAUAUUGUUGUGGUUUGGUCUGUACCUACCUGCAUCAUCCAUCAUGCAAGGCUGGCAGUAUCUCAGUAUUGCAUCCCCACUCUUUGUUGCUUUUCUCUUAACAAAAGUGAGUGGCAUUCCACUACAAGAAGCUCAAGCCCGACGAAGAUGGUCAAAUGAUCCAGUUUUCCAAGCGUACAAGGCCAAAACACCAAAGUUAUUUCCUGGUAUAUGGUGA